CUGCGUCAUCCUGUUGAUUCUGUGACAUGGGAUCAUAUGAAUGCCAAAUACCCUACGUUUGCAGAUGAAGCAAGGAACCUGAGGCUGGGACUUUCAACAGAUGGAUUCAAUCCAUUCAACAUGAAGAACUCGAUGUACAGUUGCUGGCCUGUUCUGCUAGUUAACUACAACUUACCUCCAUACCUGUGCAUAAAGAAGGAGAAUAUCAUGCUUUCUUUGCUGAUUCCUGGUCCACAUCAGCCUGGUAAUAGCAUAGACGUGUAUUUAGAACCCCUAAUCGACGAUCUUAACACUCUGUGGAGCAUUGGAGAGGUAACAUACGACGCUCUUACUCGAUCAGCUUUUACACUAAAGGCGAUGCUGCUUUGGACAAUCAGCGAUUUUCCAGCUUAUGGGAAUCUAGCAGGCUGCAAAGUAAAGGGAAAAUGGGAUGUCCGUUAUGUGGAAAAAAUACAGAGAGCAUGUGGUUGAAGUUCAGCAGAAAGCAUGUGUAUAUGGGUCAUAGAAAGGGUCUGCCACCAACUCACAGUUUUAGAGGAAAGAAGAAAUGGUUUGAUGGAAAAGUAGAACAAGGGAGAAGGGGAAGAAUACUUACUGGGCGUGAUAUUUCUCAAAAUCUGAGAAAUUUUCACAAUGAUUUUGGAAAUUUCAAACGGUCUGGCAGUAAGAGAAAAAUGAUGCAGGGUUCAACUGAUUUAGGGUCUGAUAUUGAGGGUAUGUCGAGUGAAUCAGAUGAAGAGGAAGAAGUACUAGUAGAUGAGGAUGAGUUAUCUAGAUGGAAGAAGAGGUCAAUAUUCUUCAAGCUACCUUAUUGGGAGGAACUCCCGGUGAGGCACAACUUAGAUGUAAUGCAUGUGGAGAGAAAUGUUGCUGCAAGCUUAGUUUCAACGUUGUUGCACUGUGGGAAAUCUAAGGAUGGUCUUGCCGCUCGUAAAGAUCUGGAGGAGCUUGGUAUUAGGCCGGAUUUGCACCCUAGAGUGCAAGGAAAAAGAACCUAUCUCCCUCCAGCACCGUGGUCUUUGUCCAAGCAAGAAAAGAAGAUAUUUUGCAGGCGUCUAUUUGACUUCAAAGGGCCAGAUGGAUAUUGUUCUAACAUAUCAAGAGGUGUCUCGUUGGAUGACUGUAAAGUAUCUGGUUUGAAAUCACAUGACUACCAUGUUUUGAUGCAACAACUUCUGCCGAUUGCACUUAAAGGGUUGCUGCCAAAAGGACCGAGGCUUGCAAUUUUUAGAUUAUGCUCUUUCUUCAAUCUGUUGUGUCAGAGAGUGAUUGACAUGGAGAAGCUUCUGGUUAUGGAAGCUGAGAUUGUUGAGACUCUGUGCUUGUUUGAAAGAUACUUUCCUCCAAGUUUGUUUGAUAUCAUGCUUCAUUUGACUGUCCAUCUAGGAAGAGAAGCUCGGCUUGGUGGACCAGUCCACUUUAGAUGGAUGUACCCGUUUGAAAGGUACAUGAAAGUCCUCAAAGACUUUGUUAGAAAUCCUGCAAGACCAGAGGGCUGCAUAGCUGAGUGCUACCUUGCUGAGGAAUGUAUCCGGUUUUGCAGUGAGUUCCUGAAGAAAACAACAAAUGUUCAAGAGAAACAGGAUAGAAACACAGAGUAUGAGAACAAUUCUAUCUUAGAGGGUCGUCCAAUAACCACUGCUACUUCAGUAACUCUCACUGAAACGGAAAAGAGGAUUGCUCAUCUUGCUAUCAUCCAAAACAUGGCUCUGGUCGAACCUUAUGUAGAUGAGCAUCUACAAUAUUUACAAGACACAGAUGGAAGGUGUCGGCGAGAUGCAUCAACGUUAUGGAGUAUGCAUACUAAGAAUUUUGCUUCCUGGCUAAAAGAGAAGGUGCCUCUUGAUUCUGCAGAACAUGACGACACACUUAAGUGGAUAGCUUAUGGUCCACGUUGUUCUGCGAGAUCAUAUACAUGAUUCAUUGUUAAUGGGCAGAGGUUUCACACAGUGUCAGUUGAUAGGAAAAGUCAGAAUAGUGGGGUCUAUUAUGAGGCUACAGCAGUGUGUAGAGCUAGUGCAAAAGAUACAUCACAGGUGGUAGAUUUAGUAUCUUACUACGGCAGGGUGACAGACAUCAUUUUGAUCGACUACAAUGUCUUCUAUGUUCCUCUGUUCCGAUGUCAAUGGGCAGUUAAGGGUAAUGGAGUAAAGAUCGAAGAUGGUUUUACACUUGUGAACAUGAAUCAAAGUCAAGCCUCCUUUGCAAGUGACCCUUACAUUCUAGCAUCUCAAGCGAAGCAAGUGUUUUACUCCAGAGAAGAUGAGUCAUCAAACUGGUAUAUUGUCAUGAAAGGUCCUUCUAGAAGAUACAGUAAGGAAGAUAUUCAAGAGGGAAAUGCAGAUAUUGGGCCAUUACCGUCGAAUGUUGACUUGGAUGUUGA